GACCAAGAAAAGGAGGAACAACGGCCGUGCCAAGAAAGGCCGGGGCCACGUUCAGCCCAUCCGCUGCACCAACUGUGCCCGCUGUGUGCCCAAAGACAAGGCCAUCAAGAAGUUUGUCAUCAGGAACAUUGUUGAGGCAGCGGCUGUGAGGGACAUCUCCGAGGCCAGUGUGUUCGAUGCUUACGUGUUGCCAAAACUGUAUGUUAAGCUUCAUUACUGUGUAAGCUGCGCCAUUCACAGCAAAGUGGUGAGGAACCGAUCACGUGAGGCCAGGAAGGACCGCACGCCACCGCCUCGCUUUAGACCUGCUGGUGCUGCCCCAAGAGUUCCUGCUAAGCCUAUGUGAAUUUGCGCAUUUGCUGAUGUUUGUACGUAAAUAAAUAAUACCUCCUUAUGGCCAUG